GAGAAGACAAAACCCAUAUAAGAAUAUAGCAGACUUGGAAGGAGAAAAAAAGUCGUUUAACUAUUUCCUUACAAUAGUCAGGCAAUGAACUCUUCGGUAGACCGUAUUAUUACCAGCAUAUGGAUCAAAAUAUGUGACGUAAUAAAUACGAGGGAAACCACCUUCGGGGAUGACUCUCACUGAAGGCGCAUGAUUUUCUCGUUAGUUCGUUUCCACGGUAACGUACCAUUUUAGCAUCUCAAAUGCCUCUCUACUUAAAAUAUCCUGGCAAAGAUACCACGCAUCUUUUUACGGAAACUAAAGCACCGAAUAGUGAUAUUAGUUUUCCUGCUGUAAACGGCACACCGUAUACAUAAAUAUGCGAGUAUAAAGAAACCGAAAAAGCAAAAAAAAAAAAAUUAUUAAAUAUGUUCGUAAGUCAAUAAAUACUCAAACUAUGUGAUGUGAUUUUUUUCAUACGUUGUCGCGUUUUUUUUCGCAUGUUUUCCCUCUCGUUUUCUCAUUGCUCUUCUGCCUGCGUUAUUUGUUUACUUUUUAUCAUGUCAUCUCGAACGUUCACCGACAUAUCAAUUACGUUUCAAUUUUGAGCUUAUUACCGUUUUCAUGUCAACGAUGAAUGAAAAUUCCAGCCGGAAAUCAUCUAGAAGAUCGAUGAAAUCUGGUUCCGAAGAAUUUGCCACAACCAGUAAUGCAGCCGCUAAACAACAAGAAUGGAAUAAACGUAAACUAACCUGUAACUGGAAUUUAACUUGCAAAGCUCUUUUCGUCGGAUUAAUGCUCAUGUUCAUCGGAGGCAGCAUGGCAACAAUUGGUUACUUCGUCGAUCACAUUUACAGUUCAACGGAGACCAAUGGCAAUGAAACGGUGGCAGCUCGUGAAAAAAGUAAAUUAAAUAUCAACAGUAUAUCAACAUACGUCGGCCCGAUGGUCAUGGGUGUUGGCGGCUUCAUCGUGGUAGCAGCUUGCGUAAUGACGUUCGAGCAACGAGAUAAUGCUGCCAAAGUCAUUCCAAAUAGACUACAUUUGAAUUCAGCUCAUUCGCACUCGAUGAAUCGCCACAGUAAACUUAGUCCAGGCUCGAGGCAGCCUUUACGCGAGGGCAGUGGCCGUCGUCGUACAGCCAGUGGUCACGCUGUCGAUUCGCUGGAGGAAUUUUCUCGACGGGAUUUGACGGCCGAUUUCAUACAAUUCUCGCGUAACCUACAGCAGGUGAACAUCGAGAAAAAUCUAGCUCAACAGGUGAUGGGUCGAUGUCCAAGCGCUCCGAAUUUAGCCGUCACGCCCGACUUGUUUCCUAGCAGCAAAGGAUCGUCUCCACGACACACAAAACUGAGUCGCAACUCGCUGCACCCGCUCAUUGGCCAGUCUUUCCUUAGCCCUCAUGUUCUGCAGAGGCAAGCUUUAUCCGUCGACAACGGCGAAUACUAUCCGCACAACAUAUCACCUCCUCGCUCAAAGCGCACCAGUCGGCAAGGCAGUACCAGCACAGGUAAAGGUAGCGCCGAAUCUUUGGAAGCCGAACUAUCCAAACGAUCGCAUAGUUCUCAAGCUUCCAUGAUGCUCGACCUACACAUGCCUAACGACUGCCCGGUCACAAUGCGUAUACGCGAUCGUAACAAACGAUCGGAUACCGCUCGUCGACACCUCCUCGUACGCCAAGCUCAAAUCGAAAACGAAGAGGAUGCGGCGGCGGCAGCAGCAGCAGCAGCAGCGGCGGCGGACAGAGAUUCGAGAUGCAGUAGUCCGCAGUUCAGUGUUCGAGGCACCUCGUUCAGGAGCGAAGACCGAUACCAAUCUUCGUCCACUCCGCACAGUCGUCGCGAAUCGUUUUCGCCUCGAGUGCCCAGUAUGGAUGAUCCAUCGUAUCACAAUCGGUAUCGAUUGAACGAUAUCGUACUGCGAGGAUCGUCACCAUCGCUGCAAUACAAGCGUGGAAGUUACCUACGCUCCAAUACCAUUUGUAACGAGAUCUCGUAUCGGAGAGGCUCGAACACAUCGGAGGCCAGUUACCGAAAAGGAUCUACCGAUUACGGAUAUCGUAAUCGACGUAAAAGCUCCAAUACCUCGGAGUCGGGCAGGUACUGUUCCAAAACCAACGUCGAGGAACGCCUCAGGAAGGAUUCCAGAUCACCUACGUCUCUGAAAUCGUUCAACGAAUUGCGAUACAUAUCGCAAAAGCUCAGCGAACAAGAAAUCAAAACCGAACGUCUGAUACGUAAACGUAACGAAAAUAAAUCCGCCUCUAACCGAGCUUCAAUGAAACACUCCAAAGUUAAGAACACCGUUUGUCGUAAAAAUCAAUCUUUAUCGCCGGACAGCCUCAGUAUUUCUAGUAAUACUACAGAAGGACAUUCGAGAACUGAAUUCACCUCUAUUGAUAUCGAAUCCGCUGCUGAAGAGCCCUCAUCCUCUAGCGCUAAAAAGGCAUAAAGUUUUGCAUACGAUAAUCCUGCUCUCCUGUAGUCACAGUCAUCAUCGGGUCACGUACUAUAUGUUCGAGUACUACGUUGUUGUCGUCAUCAUUCUUGUGUAUAGGUAUCUGUACCUACAAGACAGCGAAUGAAUGAAAGGAUAUAUAAAAGACACAAAACAGGAAAAUUCUCGUCCAUUGUUUCCGACAAAAUAACUAAUUUCGUAAUUUACGUCAUACUUUUUUCGUAUACCAGCUACUCGUAUACAACAAAGUUACCCUAUAUUUUUUUUUGUUAUUUUUGUUUUUACGUAUCGCGCGAAAAUGCGGUACACGAUGAGUCGAUGAUAUUUUUCACGCGCGUCUAACGCUUUUCAUUAUUUCCUUCUGCCGUGCGAUUAACAAAAUCCUCCUUUAUUAUUUGUUCGCUCUUCCUCAUCGUACUGAACCGAACGAUAACAUUUUUUCAAAUGGGUCGACCGCAAUGUUUUUUUCCAUGCGACGAAUAGGUAACGUUAUGAAAAAAAUUACUCUACUGUACUGUACAUGCACAAUACAAGUAAACAAGUUCAAUGAUAGGUAAACCUAAAGUCACAUGGGUAUUGGGUAUCAAAAAAAAAAAGGUUUUUUCCCAAUGUUCAUACUCGUUCAUUUUGUUAGAAAAAUUUUUUAUUGUUUUUUUUUUUUUAUCAAUUAUUUUUUAUAAAUUUUAUCAAGUUGAUUAAAAAUACCUACGUAUGUAGUUGGCUGGGAUAAUACAUUAUGAGGAACUUUAAUUUACAUUUGAAAAAUAAUCAGAGACAACAUUGCAAAACAACCAACAUUAUACAAUAGGCUGGAUCGCGAAAAUGAAAGUCAGAAGUUUUCGAUCGAAUCCAGAAGAGACCAUCAUUUUGAGUUGAAUGCCACCCAAAGAAAAUUUCAGCUCUAGAGAUCUUCCUAUGGUGAUAAAAUAGAUCCUCAAAGAGGAGGAAUUUUCGAAAAAAUCGUAAUUUUUCUGCUCAUGGUCUUUACCCAAACUGUUUUCAAAAAAUGCCACAGUUCCAAAAGAUAAGAUUUGAAAAUCCUGGUCGAUCUAAUAGUUCAUUGCCAUCAGUAUCCAAAACCACUUUUCUGGGGUUUUAUCGGAUAAUUGAACAGACUAUCGCUUACCUGGGGGUAAAUCCGUUUUUAAAAUUUUCUUCCCUAAUGUCGACCAGGUGCCUAAAUCCGACCACAAGCAUAUCUCAUCGUCCAAUAAUGUCUCGACCAUCCGGGAAAACAUUUUUUCAUAUAUUGUAUUUUUCACAGACAAAACGAUUAAGACCAAAAUUACGACCCCAAAGCCGAAACUCGCGAAGGUAUCGAUAAAAAACGAAAUUCAAAAAGUCAAAUUAAUGAACUUUUCCGGCAACUUCAAUCGCUUGUUUGCUCAAAUAUGUCAUUUUUUGUAAAAAGAGGUUCAAUUAUUUUUUAAAGUUCAUAGUUUGAUGAAUAAAAGCUGAUAAUUAUUUUUUGGAUAAAUUACAGGCAAGUUCGAAAAGCUUUCCAUCAAAUUUAUUUUUAUAGGGUGUCCUAAUUCCGACCACCAAUGUUUUGGUUAUAUACGAGUACUUGAAAUUUUAUUUUCCUGAAUUUUCGAAAAAAGACGCCGUAACGUAAAAAAUGGUGUGCUGAUGCAAUGUACAAAGCUGUAAAAGCUGUAAGAAAAUGAGAAUGUGGAUAUCUAAAGGCGUCAUAAACAAUUUCCAUGUGUUUCAAAUGGGGACAUGAGAUUUGUGAUGUGGCUUCAGAAAAAUGUAAAAAGAAAUUGAAUAGGUAUUUGUUCCCCUUUUGCUUAAAUUAUUAAUUGACUUUCUCUUUGUGUCAUUUUAAUUAAUAAACAACGAUGUUGACGUAUUAUUUACCUUCUUUUUUUCUAUUUUUUUGAGGUGGUCGGAAUUAGGACACCAUUUUUGCCAUUUUCGAUUUUCGCUUUUUUUUUUUGGAAAAAACGUCAUUGAAAAUUAGUGGGGGGUUUUAGGUUUAUUAGUGACUCUAUGACAUUAAACUAGAGGUAGGCCUAUGUGGCAAUCAUUUAAGCCAUUGUGAGCGCAGAUACGUCGAUUACAGACUACAGUACUGAUAAUUUCCAAAAAUAAACUAGGUGGUCAACAUUAGGGCACCUUACCCCUUACCUAUUAUACGCGAAUUGCGGCAAAAAAUUGAAAGAUAUAAUUUCUGAAACUGGAGGAAUAUUUUGAAAUACAAUGGUGCCAAUUUUUAGUCACCCAAUUUUUUUCGAGUUUUUUAAAUUAGUACUUAAUACUUUAAUUUAACCAAAAAUUAGCUCGAGAAAUGAUUUCUUUCGGUGUUUUGGCAUAAUUCACAAUCAUGCAAUACAUAUUUGAGAAGAAAAUAUUUUCAAAACACUAAUUUUAUUUACUCAAAAAUAGACGAUGUGAAAAUUUUCGACCGUUCAGUAGAACCCUAGAGGAGGUCUUGGAAUUUGAUGACAAUCGCAGAAUCUCGUUCCAAUACAGGAUAUAGGUACCUCCUCAAAGGUUAUAGAGCCAACAAAAAUGCUGUUUCUUUGAAGAUAUUUAUAUCUCCCAUCCUGAGAUACUUGAGUCCCAGAAUAAAAAAUUUUCUGGGUGACUUUCAACUCAAAAUUAAGGUUUCCACUGAAUUUUGUCAAAAUCGUAAGAAAUUUACGCAUGCGAGCCAAAAUCAAAAAGUUGAAAAAUCAACUUUUCUGGAAAAAAUUGCUAGAAAGUAGUACUUUUUUGGCACUAAUUGCCAAUAAGACCUGCUUUUUGGUGAUUUUUUUCUGCAUUAAAAUGUUUUGUCUAUACUUUUUCACUUUUUUGGUUACCUUUCGGUUAUUUUUUCUCCCUUCCCCUCCCCCACAAAAUUUCUAGAGGAAGCUAUUUUGAUGUUGCGACCAAAAGUAAAGCACGGAUAAUAAUGUAUUGAAACUUGAAAGUUUGUACUUUCAUCUUUCAUUGUUUUGUGGGGUAAUUCCACUUAAAUGCACACAAAAUGUAUAAUUCUAGCUAAAUCUAAACUUUAAUCUACUUAUAAACACUAUUUUUCAAU